CAAAACACGUGGAUAAACAAACCAAUAACCUAAUCCGUUUCAAAUAAAACGGGCUAAGUCAUUGGUUUGUGUAUCCAACACGUGUUAACUCAUUUACAUAUAGUUGCCAUAGUAACCGUUGUUUAUAUUCGUGACCCGCAUCAUUCGAAAUUACAUUUUAGGUCAAAUAUUUAGGAUAUUUAUUUUAGUGUAAAAUGUCUGAUAAAAGUAUGAGAAUUAAUUGUGAAAAAUGUGAUAGUUCUUUACAAGACCAAUUGAACACACCUAUUAAAAAAUCAAGUUCAAUAUCAGAUACAUCUUCAAUUUGUUCAUUUUCAACUUACUGUCCAAACCCAGAUUUGAAAUUUUCUGAAAUUAAAGAAACACUUUGUUGCCAUCUCAAUGAAAAAUAUAAAGACAUUAUUCAGGCUUUUAGAAAUUAUGAUAAAAGAGCAUCUGGUCUGGUAUUUAAAUCACAGCUGAAACAAAUAUUGAGAACAUAUUGUAUUCCAUUAACUGAUACACAGUUUUGUCAACUUAUGAAAGAGCUUAAUUAUUCUGAAGAUGCUCAAAUAAAAUACAAGGAAUUUCUAAGUCAUUUUGUAGAAUUUGACAAAUUACAGGAAACAAUUAUGCCCCAUGAACACAUUCCAACUAUUAUUCCAAUAGAAGAAAUUGAAGUAAUACUCAAGCAUAAGAUAUCACAAAAUUUAAUAAAAGUCAUUCAAGGAAUGUGGCUUCAUGAUGUAAAUAAAGAUGGAAAAAUUCAGACUAGAGAACUACGAAAAAUAAUUGAAAAUUAUUGUUGUUGUUUAACAGACAUUCAGUUUAAGAUGCUUAUGCGUCAUUACGAUCCUCAACAUAAUAACACUAUUAAUUAUAAAGAUUUUCUUAUUCGAUUGGGUGUAAAUGUGGCACAUUAUCAGUAUCUAAUGCCUAAAGAUAUAGUUGAGAAGACUUUACGUUGGCCAGAAAAAUUAUCAGAAGAAGAAAUGACUAAAAUUAAAAUGGAACAAUUGCAAAAAAGAGCAGCACAAGAAGGGCAUAAUGAUCCUAUUCUUCAUGGACUAACUCUGGAUGAAAUAAAAGAAGUUUUUAAGCAUAAACUUAGAAGUAGAGGAUAUCUUUUAGAACGAGCAUUUAAAUCUUUUGACCCUAAUGAUACUGGAUUUGUAAGUCUGGAGAAUUUUCAUGGUAUUAUUAAUUACAUUGUUAUGCCUGUUUCUGAUGGAUUAUUUACCCAAUUAUUAAAAAGCUUAGAUAUAAUUCUUGCUUCACCAAGAAGAAUUUUUUGGCGUAAUUUCUUGAAAGAUUACUGUCAACCCUAUGCAGAACUAGACAAAAUAGAUCCUAAUGAUAUGAAAAGUCAUGAAUGUCUGGUGAAUCAUCUUGAAGAACUUAUUCCAAAUUCAGAAACUAAACUGAAAUCUAUAUUUGGCUGUAGUGAUAAGAUGAAUAAUCAAGUUAUAACAAGAUCUGAAUUAAAAAUUGCUUUAAAGAAAUUAUCUAAGUUUAAAAUAACAGAAAAAGAGUUUAAAGAACUGUUUUUAAUUUUAGAUCCUUACCACACUAAUUUAAUUAACAUUAAUGACUUUGAAACAUUAUUUAAAUUAAAACAAACUGACAUACAAAAGGACAAUGACAAAAAAAAUGCCAAAUCAUACAAUAAUUUACAUGAAGACAAAUUAAAGAAAAAAUUAAAAAGCUUUGUAAUUAAGCAAUAUCAAGAAAUAGAAAAGGCAAUCAAGGCACAAGAUUGGGAACAGUCGGGAAGAAUAAAAUUAGAACAUUUCAGAGAAAUUCUAGAAUACUUCUGUUUUCCACUUUCAGAUGAUCAAUACAAUGAAAUUUUGAAUGACUUAGAUGUAUUUGAAAAUGAGAUAGAGUAUUUAAAAUUUUUUGAUCUAUAUAAGAAGGAUCUUGACGAGGAGACUCAAAAAUGGAUUAAAACUAUAAAUAGACUUGUUUCCUUUAAAUCACUUUCUGGCUCAGAAUUUACUCUGAAAGAAGCCGAAGAAUAUUUAAGAGAAGCAGUUCGAUCAAAACGAAAUACAUUUUUGAGAGAUUUCUACGCACUCGAUUAUUCUGAUGUCGGUUUAGCACAUAAAGCUGAUGUUAAGCUCCUUUUUGAUAAGCAUGCAUUUAGAAUGAGUGAUGAUCAGUUUGAAAAAUUGUGGAAUAAAUUUCCAACAAAUGAAUUUAACAAAUUAAAAUAUAGAGAUUUUGUAGAAGAGUUUGGAAAGAAAAUAGAUAGUUCUCCACAUACACCGCCACAAAUGUUUCCAAUAGAAAACCAAAUUAUAGAACGUCCUAAAACUGCUAUUUCACAAUGUAGUAUUAUGACAAUUGAUUUGUGUAAAGAGAUGAAAAAACCUAGAGUGCGACCACAUACUCCUUUUCCUGUUAUAAAGGAAAUUAUGAAUCCUUUGAGAGUUCCACCUUCACCAUCAGUUUUUAAGUGGCCAGAACAAACAAAAGUAAUUACAACACAUGGAAUAAAACCAAGAAGUCCUAUAAGUGUGAAAUCAGGACAACUUCAAUUAACAGUACAAGAUAAAAAAAAUGAGCAAGAUGCUAUUCCAGAAGAAGUUUGUCUUACAUCAAGAGGACAAUCAAAGUUAGGAAAAGAAAUGGAACAGUCAAUUGAUGAAAAAAUUCUUGUGGAUCCAUCAUCUAUUCCAACACCAACUGAUUAUUUUUUACAAAAACGUAUUUUAUGGAGGUGCAAAGACAUUGUGCGAAGAUGUAAACUAGUGGAUUCUAAUCAUUCUGGUAUCAUAUCAGCUGAUAAAUUUCAAAACAUAUUAAACUGGGCAGGCAUUCCAACAAAAGAAUCAAAAAUUUCUCAGGAACUGGCCAAUACUUAUGAUAUUAAACCAGGAAAUCAAAUCAAUUAUUGGGAGUUUCUUAGGAAAUUCUUAUUUCAUAUUGGAUCAAAAAGAACAGUUUUUACACCUACAGAAAUUGCUAUCAAAAGAGAAUUAGAGCAGCAAAUAAAUAGGGAACAGAAAAAUUUAAAUUUAUCUGAAAAAUUACAUAACAAGACACAACAAACUCUAGAAGAAUUAAUUAAUUCAAAAUUCAGAGAAAUAAAGAAGAGAUGUGAAACUGAAGAUCCUUCCAAGACUGGAUUAAUACCAGGAGAAAAGUUAAAAGAUAUUCUUAAACAAGUGGCUAUUCCCGUCAAUGACAAGAAAAUUGAGAAGGAAUUAGCAUCUCUAGGACUUUUAACAGACUCUACCAUAGAUUAUUUGAAUAUUCUUUCUAAAUAUAUUCUCCAUCUCGGAAAAAGUUCCACCAGUGCAGACAUUCGUAAAAGAAGAAAAUUACCCCCGGCCAGAAUAAAGGUUUCUCUCGGAGAGGAGAAUCCCUAUUUAACAAAAACAUUGUUAGAGAUGCGUGGUAAAGUAACAAAAAAUUUUCGUACUUUAUCAAGACAAUUUUUACUUUACGACAAAAAUAUGACCGGAUUAGUGGAAUGUAACAUUUUUAGGGAACUUUUACAAAAAAUUGGUGUGGUUUUGCCCGAAGAACAACUGUUCAGAAUUUUAGAAUAUUAUGAUCCAAAUUUAACUGGAAAAAUCGCAUAUGCUGAAUUUUUAAGAGCAUUUGUAACAUCUGCUUAAUAAAAUUAUAAAAUUUUCUAUUAAAUGCUUAACAGGCAACUUUUGCUUUAUUUGGAUAUUAGUCCUGUAUGAAUUCAUUGAAGACCUUGUAUAUACAAUUUAAUUUAAAAUGAUUAUGUUAAUUAUUAUCUGAGAAGUAUAUGAUGUACACUAAAUGAUAGAGUUUCUUUUCUCAUCUGCAUUCAAACAUCUUGUCAUCUACCUCUAGGAAGUACCACAACAGAGAAGGCAUUUUGUGUUCUGCAGUUUGCAAAGUUGGACUUGCUCAUCAUUGUACAUCAUCAUCAAAUCUUUCAGUUGAUGAGAGAUUUGAUAUUAUUCAAAAUAUGAAUUCAAGUAUUAUUAGUAAUACACACUUGGUUAUUUACAUCAGUUAUGAUAUGGUUUGCACUACCAAUUGAAACUGAUUUCUGUAUUGAUAGAUAAUGAUAUACAUACACAAAACAAAUUUGCUGAAUAAAUUGUAACUUUGAUCUGUAAGAACUCACUACAUCAUAAAUUAAAUUAAAA